AUGUGCGCGAGUCCUUCCGCUCGUACAUCUGAAUACGCUGCUGAAAAAGGCACUUCCGGCGCCGCUCGAGAAACGGAUCACAAGAUAGAAGAACUAUUCAGGAUGAUGGAUGUGGCCGGUCGCGGUCGUCUGGACAAGCCCGAGCUCGUGGAAGGAAUGAAAUACUACAAUGGAAUCUCUUUGAAGACAGAAACCAUCGUUCUUCUGGCAGGCAUGUAUGGGUCAGAAGCCACAGGGGGACUCACUCUGGAAGAUUUCAAACGGCUGCAUCACACCUUGAUGACCUGGUCGAGUCUUUUCCGACGUCACGAUGUUGAUUCCCAAGAGUACCUGCUGCAUCACUCGCUGUGUUCGGCUCUGCACGAGCUCGGAUAUAAACUGGACCGAACAACGACCCGAUCUCUCACCAGGAAACUUGGACGUCAGGCGAAAUACAUUCAGGAAGACGCGUUCGUACGGAUAUGCUGCCUCUUGAGAAGGUUAUCCACGGCGUUCAAGAAAAAGGAUUUGAACCGACAGAAAAAUAUCCAGCUCAGCUACUACGAAGUCUUGCACAUGGCGCUCGAUUCGUGCUUCUGA